AUGCCGGGCGUACCAACAGGAAGGGCCUGUGAUGCCUGCCGUAAACAAAAGAAAAAGUGUGAUGAAAAGCAACCCGCCUGUGCUCGCUGUCUACGCCUAAAGAUCCCCUGCGUUGGAUCAGGCAAGUUGCGAUUCAAAUUCCAAGAAGAAAAGCAGUACUCCACGCGCGUGAAAAAACAGCUCGCGCUCUCCAGCUCCAAUGGAGACUCCGGAAGUCUACCUAAUACUUCCUGCGAAUCUCGAUACCAGUCUUCGCCUGUAAAGGAAUCCGCCGCUACCGAAAAACAAAUAUUACAAUUAUUGUCUCGCAAACAGAGACAUCCAGAUAAGGUCCAACUAAUGCCCCCAGAGUCCCCACAGUCCGUGCCUCAUAGCGAUAUCUCCUCCUUGGCCGGCGGGUUUAUCAUGACUAUUAAGCGAACCACCGACCUACGCUAUAACCUCUGGUGGUCAUUCGGCUUAUGGCUUGAAGAUAUACCCCGACGGCUUGGGACUAAUGAGGCGCUUGACCGUGCGGUGGAUACCCUGACAACCGCGCACUCUAAUUUUUCAUGUAACCGGGGCCCCUCGGUGGAGGCGCUAUCCAAGCACUCGCGUGCUCUCCGCACGCUAAGCGUGUACCUAGACGACAGGGUCCAUGCACAGUCAUCCAGCACGCUUUCUGCCGUGAUGAUCCUGUUGAUCUGCCAGUUAUUCUUAGGACCCUCGAAUCGAAAGUUCUCGGGCCAUGCGGAGGGUGCGGCGGCUAUUCUCAAAGCACGGAAGGACUUUGGUCCCCGUGAUGCGUUUGAGGCGAAGUUAUUUCUAUCAAUGCGCGGCAGUGUGCUCUUCGAAGGCAUCUUCAACGACAGAAUAAACCUUACCCCAGAAGAAUGGGACAACCUAGUCCGAAACGACUACGACAGCAGCACUCCAGAGGGCCAAAUGCUCCUAAACCUCUCAAAGGCCCCAAACCUAAUGCGGCGCGGCCGCGAAGCCCUCCGCACAGCCACAGACACAACCUCCCUCCGCGACGAAGUCUGGUCAAUAUACCAAGACUGCAAAACAAACCUAAGCACAAUGAAGCACCGCUCCGUCGAAAAUGACCUCUCAGAGCUCUACAAGACCGCCAGUCCCGCCGGCCGAAAAUUCAUCCUGGAAUUCGGCUUCGCGCAUUAUCAGCGUACGUAUGGGAUUGGUCUUGCUUGCACGCUUGUGUUUAAUUGUAUUCUUUCUGCGCUGGAUGCGUAUGGGAGCCGGCGCGAGUCCGGCCAGGGCGGUGGUGCUGGUGGUGGAAUAACCGAGUUCGACGCAACGUAUCUGUCAGAGGAGGUGCUUGCUCUGGCGAAACGAUCGGUAAUUUGGAAGCCUAUCGGGGCGGCUUAUAUUGUUGUCUGCGUUAGUUCGGCGUGGGCGGCGACGUCUGAUCCGGUCUUGAGGGCGAAGUUGUUUGCCGUUGCGAUUGAUUUUAAUAAUGAUUUUCAUGUGAGAGAUGCGCGCGUUUUUGAGAGGGAGAUGUUGCAUACGACGGAGCAUUUGCGGCUUGGGGCGUCGUUUCAGUCGUGUGCGUUUUUAGAGGAUUCGAGUCCUUCUACUAGUAGUACGCAGCUGGUUUGA